UCGAGAAAAGCUGUAAAAGAAAACGGAGGAACAAUAAAGGAAAUAAUAAAUUUAAAUGGAAAGAAUGGAGUUGAAACCACGUAUGGUUGGGUAAUCAUAUUGUGGGAGGCAGGUGAUUAUUAUAAUGCCACCGCAGAAGCCCAUCGAUAGCAGCCGUCAGUGGCGAGUGUCAGGGGGAGAAGAAGGGGAGAAUUGGUGGUAGCGGGCGAAGUAGCUGCCAAAUGGUUGCAAUAUCACCGGUGGCUGUGGUUUGGAAACGCCCGUCGGUGGUUUGGGUUAAAGAACGCGAGGUUGGCCAAAGGUACCCAACCCAAGGACUCAUUGAUUACCACCGCUUUUCCUCCCUGUCCCUGACGUUGUCCCUGUCCCUGUCGUUGUCCCUGUCCCUAGGCAUACCUGGCCAUGCUUGCAGUCGGGUUCGCGCAGGUAUCCCUUGGGCGAGACGUGGUAUGCCGUGAGUCCGUGCCGUGGGUGAACUAGAUUACUGAAUUAAGGCGCAUUAUCUAACGGUAUGUUUACAAUCUUAUUGAGAUAAAGACAUAAUAAUGAAAUUGAAAGAGCAAAACUGGAGGAGGACGGCGGACGACGGACCGUAGUCGGGCAAGAGCGGCUCGCUGCGGCGAAGCGAGAGCACAGAUCCAUCCAUCUGGUACCAGAGGUCCGGCUGCCAAUCCGGUAACUGUGCGACCACAUCAACUGUACGGCUGUCCUUGUCCGCGUUACUCGUGCGUUAAUCGUGGCUUCUAAAGAGCUGCAAGCAGUAACACUGCCAACAGUGAGCCGGAGCGAGCACAACGACCAUCGACCAGAGGUAUCCGAAGGAACCCAGCGACCUGUGGAACCUGUGUACGUUCUGUGCAUAUGCGUGUUCGCGCUACUCCGGUCACAAGUGUGCGUGGUACUGUUGUGCUGCUGGUGCUGCCGGUGCGGCAAGUGGGAACGUAAGAGGCGAUCGUCGCGAAUUGACCGUGUGUCAGUACCAAGAGUGGUACCCGUGGUACCGAGAGUGGUAAAGAGGAGACCAACCGGGGAGGUGCCCGGUCCGAAAGCUGUUCAGCAGCCGGUGGUGUGCUGCUUGCUGUUAGAGCCGCCGCCGCAAGAACGGUCAUAGCAUAGCAACAGCAACACCAGCACCGAUCACCAUCAUGCAUCGUGUGCAUAUGUGCAGUGCAGAAGUCCAUUGAUGCGGAGUACAUGUGCGGGCCGCGACCGCGAUCUUGUUCCGCGGCCCAUCCUUGAACCCGCCGUCUCCGUUACUGUCACCGUCGCCAGUGGCCAAACGCCUGCCUCCGAUAUGAUGGUAUACCCGGACCCUCAAUGGUCCUGUGCUUCCACUACCCCUAUGCUGCAACUCUACGACGAAGGCUACCGUGUGAACGUGGUCGAGGCGCUCCAGGAGUUCUGGCAGAUGAAGCAGGCCAGGGGCGCCGAUCUACGGAACGGUGCGCUCGUCAUUUACGAGUCAGUGCCUUCAAACACCCAGCCCUACGUGUGCUACGUGACUCUACCCGGCGGCUCCUGCUUCGGCAGUUUCCAGAAUUGCCCAACGAAAGCCGAGGCGCGACGGAGCGCCGCCAAGAUAGCCCUUAUGAAUUCCGUAUUCAACGAGCAUCCAUCCAGGAAGAUCUCGGACGACUUUAUCGAGAAGGCCGUCGCCGAAGCGCGAUCCUCGUUCAAAGGUGAUCAAGAGGAAGCUGACAAUCCUAACACCGGCAUCGGAGCGUUCCGAUUCAUGCUCGAGUCCAACAAAGGUCGCACGAUGCUGGAGUUCCAGGAGUUGAUGACCGUCUUCCAGCUGCUCCAUUGGAAUGGAAGUCUGAAGGCCAUGAGGGAGCGGCAGUGCAGCAGACAGGAGGUCGUCGCCCACUACUCGAACCGAGCCCUCGAUGAUGACAUGAGGUCGCAGAUGGCAUUGGAUUGGAUCGCCAGGGAGCAGGAGUGCGCCGGUUCCUUGAGGCGCGAACUCAACCAGGCCGAACGCGAAUUGGAAGCCGCCCGACUCGCCGGCCGCGAACUUCGCUUCCCGAAGGAGAAGAAAGACAUACUCGUCCUAGCGCACAGCCAAGUAAAUGUCAGUUGAACGAAUGCCUGAUGCAUUUGCACGAAAGCCUAGUGAUACACCGCCAAAUGAACAAUGCCCGGCCAGUCCGACAUGUCAUUGUAUCAAGAGCUGCUUCUACACCUUGGCACCGCGCACUUGAUCUACGUACACGACCUUCAAUCAUUUUGUUCCAUUUGUGAUACUUAUACCACGUCCGCCGGUGCCUCCAUGUAGACGCAGCUUCAGGCCUGGUUUACAUGCUGGCAUGUAAUUGAUUACUCCAAUUCAAGCCACCACGUAUGCUUGGCUCCUAUCCCAGUUUACAUGGUGGCUGAUCACACUCCAUGUAAACUAGGCUUCAUAGUAUACAAGCAGUUUGAAAACGCAUAAAAUAGCGAAACCCAGAACAUGUUACUAUCAAGUGAGACUCGUCUAAUAUAUUAAAUAAUUAUUAUUUCUUUUUAAUCACUUACGUUUUUUGUUGUUUCAAAUUUAUUAUUAACGUGUUAACGAAACGCCGAACGCAGGUUAACGAACGAAUAGGAAGGUGCUCGCGACUAUUUACUUAAGUUCCAUAUCGGUUGCAAUCCGUGUUGAAUGCAGAAGGCUAUGCCCCGGAAACAUUCUUAUUUUGUCCGGCAGAACUGCCCUCAUCGCUGAACUAGUACUUUAUGAUAAUCUUAUUACAACAACUCGUGAGUUCCAUUCAACACCGGUUAUCAUAAUUAUUAUUAUUAUUUUGUUUUGUUUAUUAUGUAACGAUUAUUCUUAACCUCAUUGUCAUCAUCAUUAUUAUC